GCUGCUGGGCCAGCGCACGAGGAUCACAAAUAUGUGGAAUUUGAUUUCCUUAUCAAUGGCCAGUUCUUGCGAGUGCCGCUGGUCACACACAUGGAAAUGGAAAAUAUCUCCACGGAAGAAGUGGUGGAAAUAGAGUAUGUGGAGAAAUAUAUGGCCCCUCAGCCAGAAGAAUGCAUCUUCCACGAUGACUGGAUCAGUUCUGUUCAAGGCACUGAAGAAUGGAUAUUAACUGGCUGCUACGAUCAGACUGCUCGAGUCUGGUCUUUGGAAGGAAAAUCCAUCAUGACAAUAGCUGGGCAUACAGAAGUAGUGAAGGAUGUGGCCUGGGUGAAACAAGACAGUUUAUCGUGCCUGUUACUCAGUGCUUCUAUGGACCAAACUGUCCUGCUGUGGGAGUGGAACGUGGAGAAAAACAAAGUGAAAGCCCUUCACUGCUGCAGGGGACAUGCUGGGAGUGUAGACUCCAUAGCUGUGGACUGUACGAAAACCAAAUUCUGCAGUGGAUCCUGGGAUAAGAUGUUAAAGAUCUGGUCUGCAGUACCUACAGAUGAAGAGGAUGAAAUGGAAGAAGCAGCAAACAGACCACGGAAGAAGCAGAAAACUGAACAGUUGGGACUAACGAGGACUCCCCUGGCAACCCUCUCUGGCCACACAGAAGCUGUCUCCUCUGUGCUGUGGUCAGAUGCUGAAGAAAUUUGCAGUGCAUCAUGGGACCACACCAUUAAAAUCUGGGAUGCUGAGACUGGAGAUCUCAAAUCUACUUUGACAGGAAACAAAGUGUUUAAUUCUCUCUCCUUCUCACCACUGUGUCGACGUCUGGCAUCAGGCAGCACUGACAGACAUAUUAGGCUAUGGGAUCCUCGCAGCAAAGAUGGCUCCUUGGUUCUGCUGUCUCUGACUUCUCACACAGGCUGGGUGACAUGUGUGAAGUGGUCACCUACCCAUGAGCAUCAGCUGAUCUCUGGAUCUCUGGACAACAUUGUGAAGCUUUGGGACACGAGGAGUUGCAAAGCUCCUCUGUAUGACUUGGCUGCUCAUGAAGACAAAGUUUUGUGUGUGGACUGGACAGAAGCAGGGUUGUUACUGAGUGGAGGUGCAGACAACAAACUGUAUUGCUACAGAUACCCAGCUACAGCCACUGAUGUUGGGGCAUGAAGGUCAACAGCCAGAAAACUUUUUUUUACAAAAAAGGAAUUUUUCAGCAGUUGCUCUCUGUUAACAUCCUUACACAAUCAACAUCUGAAGAAAUGACGAGUUUGUUGCUCAGAGAGCUGUUCCUGGUUUUAUAUUGGUAACCUAUAUCCAUAUUUGUCACAGAAAAAUAGCAAAAAAACAAAUAGGAUUCAUGUGAAGCAAAGCAAAGGGAACUUCCUCCCUUUCUGAUGGCUUUGAAUUAACAUCUUCUAAAUGACUAUUUGUAUAGCCCUUUUAAUAAGAAGUAAAUUGUUGCCGAUACUUACAGAAAAACUACUCACUGACUAAAUUAUUUUUUGAAUUUACCUGUUUUCCCCUGAAAAAAAAAUAAAGAUCUUAUCAACA